UAGAAGAGAGGGCAGGAGGGAGGGGGAGAGGGAGGUACCCUCAGACAGAUCUCUCUCUCUCUCUCUCUGCUUUUUCACAAAAAACACUGAACUGGGGCUGAAACUGAAACAGGGCAAGACUCGUAAAAGGAGUGCAGUCUCUUGCUCUCCUUCUUUCUCACAGUUUCCUGUUUAAGGAGGCCAUUUUGUAACUUAGCCGGGGGCAAGAGCACAACAAAGUUUGGCAUUGUUUUUGUUUUUUCUCUCCCACGGCCGGGAGUUUCACAAUCAACUUUGGACUUUCUCCUCUGCAGAGCAACUUCUUUCAGGACAAGGGAGGCGAAGGCGGGAAGAAGGUGGAGGAGGAAAAGCAGCAGGAGGGUGGGUUUCUCCCUCAGUGUACCUUUCUUUCAGGCGUCUCUCACACACACCGCUCAUGCUUGUCAUGCCUGGACAAUAAAAGAAGUCUGACGACGAGAGAGUGCGGCAGAAGUGGCAGAAAGGAGGAAAAAAAACACUGCUUCCUGGAUAAGGAUUUCUUCCUUGAUCCACUGGGAGGGGGGUGGACACAAGACACAGAGGAACCGGGACUCUCUGCUCAGUGUGUGUAUGUGUGAGUGUGUCCAUGUUUCAGUGUGUGUACCCCUCUCCCCUCCACUGAGACAGUUUGAAUGAGUGUGGGUUUUCUGAGAACUCUAGACUGCACCUGGGCGUGUGUUUGCAAGUGUGUAUGCUGAGAGCCUCAGGCGGCCAGCGGACAGGACUUUGAAUGGCUAACGCUAGCCCUUGUAUGCCCUCAGGGGCCAUGGCCCAGGUCUUCUUUCCCCCUGGUGGCUCCUCGCCACCAGGCUCAACUGUGAUGCAGCAGACCUCCAUAUCCAUGCCCUCCAUGCCCGCUCAGGGGAGUUUUCCUGUGAUGGAUCUGGCACUAGGGCAGGGUCCAGGUGGGGCCGUGAUGCCCUCUCUGCCUCCCACCCCAGCGGGGGUGUCCUUCAUCAUCCAGAUUGGCCUGACCAGAGAAUCUGUCCUGAUGCCCCAAACUGCUGACCUGGCCUACGUUAAACAAAUCGCCUGCUCCAUUGUCGACACCAAGUUCCCAGAGUGCGGCUUCUAUGGCAUUUAUGACAAGAUUCUGCUGUUCAAACAUGACACAUCCACCAACAACAUCUUGCAACUGGUUAAAGCUGCUGGUGACAUUCAGGAGGGAGAUCUGGUGGAGGUGGUGCUGUCUGCGGCGGCCACAUUUGAAGAUUUCCAGAUUCGCCCCCACGCUCUCAAUGUGCACUCAUACAGGGCCCCGGCCUUCUGUGAUCACUGUGGAGAGAUGCUGUUUGGACUGGUCAGACAAGGGCUCAAGUGUGACGGAUGUGGACUGAACUACCACAAGCGCUGUGCAUUCAGCAUCCCGAACAACUGCAGUGGAGCUCGCAAACGGCGUCUAUCCACCACCUCCCUGAGCAGCAGCCAGUCCCUGCGUCUCUCCACCACUGAGUCGGUGUACAGUGUAGGGACGGUCUCCACCUGCACAGAAGAUGCUGCUCUCAUCCGCUCACACACACAAAUGCCACGGACCCCCAGUGACGCCCGGCGCUUCUACACAGGUCGACCGGUUCAUCUGGACAAGAUCCUGAUGAGCAAAGUGAAGGUGCCCCACACGUUCGCUGUCCACUCGUACACGCGGCCAACGGUGUGCCAGUACUGCAAGAGGCUUCUUCGAGGACUGUUCAGGCAGGGCUUACAGUGCAAAGACUGUAAGUUCAAUUGCCAUAAACGCUGUGCAUACAAGGUUCCAAAUGACUGCCUUGGGGAGACUAUUGGAGAAAACAGAAGUAACUGUGACAUGUUGAGUCCUAGUGUGGACCCUGAGGUUCCCAUGGACUACACCAGUGAGUACGACAACUCAGACAAAUCUUCAAUGGAUGACUCAGACGAGGCCUGCAGCAUCCCCGGGUCCUUUUCUCCUGACAACAACCAGGACGGAACCAGUGGAGAUCAGAGUGUUUACAUCCCAUUAAUGAGGGUGGUACAGUCGGUGAGACAGACAACUCGCCGAUCCAGUACGGCCAUCAAAGAGGGAUGGAUGGUUCACUACAGCAAUAAGGACACACUGAGAAAGAGGCACUACUGGCGUCUGGACUGUAAGUGCAUCAUCCUUUUCCAGAACAACACCUCCAACAAAUACUACAAGGAGAUCCCUCUGUCUGAGAUUCUGGGGGUGCGCCCUGCUGGCGACUUCACUUUAGUCCCCCAAGGCACAAAUCCUCACUGCUUCGAGCUCAUCACAGGCACUAUGUGCUACUUCGUAGGGGAGGACCCAAACACCCUCCCCUCUGUGUCGCCCAGCAACCCCCAGACUGUCCCUCAGACCCCUCCCUCACCUACCCAAGUGGCGCCCAAUAGCGGUAUAGGGCGUGAAGUGGCCAAGGCGUGGGAGAGCGCCAUUCGCCAGGCCCUCAUGCCCGUCAUCUUUCAGGACGCACCACCGGCUGAGGGGAACACAACUCAUAGACAAGCCUCUAUCAGCAUAUCAGUGUCCAACAGUCAGAUCCAAGAGAACGUGGAUAUUGGUACAGUGUACCAGAUUUUUGCUGAUGAAGUGCUGGGAUCUGGGCAGUUUGGAGUAGUGUAUGGAGGAAAGCACAGGAAGACAGGGAGGGACGUAGCGGUCAAAGUCAUUGACAAGCUUCGCUUUCCCACCAAGCAGGAGAGCCAGCUGAGGAAUGAGGUGGCCAUACUGCAGAGUUUACGUCACCUGGGCAUUGUGAAUCUGGAGUGUAUGUUCGAGACCCCAGAGAAAGUGUUUGUGGUGAUGGAGAAACUACAUGGUGACAUGCUGGAGAUGAUCCUCUCCAGUGAGAAAGGCAGAUUGCCUGAGAGGCUCACUAAGUUCCUCAUCACACAGAUACUUGCAGCACUGAGACAUCUGCACUUUAAAAACAUCGUUCACUGUGAUCUGAAACCAGAGAACGUGCUGCUUGCCUCUGCCGAUCCCUUCCCACAGGUGAAAUUGUGUGACUUUGGCUUUGCCCGUAUUAUUGGUGAGAAGUCUUUUCGCCGCUCUGUGGUUGGGACCCCGGCCUACCUGGCCCCUGAGGUUCUGCUCAACCAGGGCUAUAACCGCUCGUUGGACAUGUGGUCAGUCGGCGUCAUUAUGUAUGUGAGCCUAAGUGGGACUUUUCCGUUUAAUGAGGAUGAAGACAUCAACGACCAGAUCCACAAUGCAGCCUUCAUGUACCCUCCCAACCCCUGGAAACAGAUCUCCAGUGAUGCAAUCGACUUGAUCAACAACCUGCUGCAAGUUAAGAUGAGGAAACGCUAUAGCGUGGACAAGAGUCUCAGCCAUGCGUACUUACAGGACUAUCAGACGUGGCUGGACCUGCGGGAACUGGAAAGUAAACUCGGCGAGCGUUACAUCACGCAUGAGAGUGAUGACAGCCGCUGGCAAAUGUUCGCCCGUGAACACACUCUGCCUUACCCCGCUCACCUUGUGCCUCCCCCUCCUGCGCUGGGCUCUGAUGACGAGGAGGGCGGGGAGGACGCAGAUGUGCAAGGCCUCACUGAGAGGGUCAGCAUCCUCUGACAGAUGACUCAAGGUCAUUUAGGAAGGAGGAAAGAAGGGAGAGGGAGGAAUGAGAAGGUCAACCUGGUGUCUGAAAGAGACACGAAGUUGCAAACAAUCACCUGGUUCUAGUGAAAGUAGUGUCCAGCUGUUUAGAUUUUCACAGCACGACAUCUGCAGUGUGCCAGCACUCACUUCUACAGCAAGAAAUCCAAUUUCUCGCCUCCAGACAGAGGUCAUUAAAUUUUUCUUCUAAUCAUUUACCUCUGCCGUGAAGGGUCCUCUUUCAUCUUUUUAAAUGUUCAACUAAACUUUGAACAUGAUGAAAACUGCUUGACUCUCUUUCACAUCCUUUGUGCAGCUGACCAAGGGAGUCUUGGCAGAUAAAAGUGGAGUCAAACUUUAAAUCAUAAUUUACCCCUCAGAAAAAAUCACAACCCCAGCAUGUUUCUCUCUUUUGCCCCAAAAUGCUUUAAGGUGAAGUAGGGAAUAGCUUUCUGCCAGAAGCAAUCAAGAUAAGAAUUGGGUGUAGGUGUGGUUUUCACUGUAUUUCUGUAAACAAGUAGGAGUUUAUAUUUAAAAUAUAACCGCCUCCCAUUUAAAAAUGAAGAAAGAAGAAACAUUAUAAUGCAUUUAAUUGGACUGACUGGAAUUACAGGCCCUUUUAUGUCUUCAAAACAGGUUUAAUCUCUUUUCAGUGACAAAACACUUCCUCUGUGCUGGUAACAACUAAUGCGCAGGCAUGGCAUCAAAGCCCAUUUGUAUUCACAAAUGCAUUCCCAUAAAUUCAUGUCCUGUAGUGAAAGCUGAAAAGUAUUGAUCUGGCGACAGCAAAUCCUCCAGUAAUUACUGCUAGAGUUUCGAACCACAAUAGACUCUUAGAAAAUGUAUGCGAUUAAAGAUGGCAUUGCGGUUUUAAAUGAACUUCAGCGUCAGGGCUGCUUAUUACCUGCCAUGAACAGACAGUUUUUAAAGUGUUGCGUAAGAUGUCUCUACUUGUAGCUGACACAUUAUACAACAUUAGCCCGGGUAGCUGUUCCUGAAUGGCAAAAAUUGCCUCCAUUGUGUUGAAUCACCCACUUUCACCCAUGUCUGAAAUAAAGCAGUUGAGUAUUUAAAUGGUGAAUAACACGUCCUCAGAUGUCUGUAUAUAGGACUCACAUAAUGUUUGUGAUGAGAAGAUAGGUGGUCAUCUAUUUUUAGCAAGAGUAGACCUCUCCCUGUGAUUUGAGUGCGUGGAUGGACAGCUUGGGUUACUAAACUAGAUUUUGCAGAGCGUAUGUAGUUCAAUUAUUGACUACCUGUCAUGUCAAUAUGUUGCAUGUUUCUGUGAAGUAGAAUUAUUCAGAUACAAUAUAAAACAUACUGUAGUUAUGAUGGUCUAUUAUAUACAUGUGUAACCUGAACUUUAUGUAGUUGUCAAAUAUGUGUAGACUGUGUAAAACAUGUUUGAAGGAUGAUCCUAGCCUUUGUAACAGAUAAUACAAACCUUGAACAAUA